AAUGGAGUCGCUGUCGUUCAUCAAAUCAUCUCCUUGUACUGGUGGAGUUGAGCGAGUCCUUAGUUCCCCAACUCGGGGUCCUGUGUCCUUUGAGGAGGUGGCCGUUCAUUUCACCAGUGAAGAGUGGUCGCUGCUUGAUCUCAGCCAGAAAGCUCUGCAUCGAGAAGUCAUGUUGGAAAUGUCUAGGAUUGUAGCCUUUUUAGCAUUUCAUAUGCAGAAGAAUGAAAAUUACCAAGAACCAAGAAUAGUUCCAUUGCAAAUAAUCAAAACUGAAAUACCAGAAGAAACAUCUGCAAAUAAAAAACAGUACAGCAAGUUGUCGAGGAAGUAG